CAGAAGUGGCUAGUUCCCAGAUUUUAUAGGCCCCCAAUGGAUACCAUGUUGGAAGCCAGACUCCAGACCAAGCAGAGGAACACCCAGAACAGCCGGGAGACCAGCUUGUGGUCCUCAGGCUUUGGGAUGAAACUGGAGGCUGUUACCCCAUUCCUGGGGAAAUAUCGCCCCUUUGUGGGUCGCUGCUGCCAGACCUGCACUCCUAAGAGCUGGGAGUCCCUCUUUCACAGAAGCAUAAUGGAUCUAGGCUUCUGCAACGUGAUUCUGGUGAAGGAGGAGAACACCAGGUUUCGGGGCUGGCUGGUUCGGAGGCUCUGCUGUUUUCUGUGGUCACUGGAGCAACACAUACCACCUUGUCGGGACGCCCCAGAGAAGAUCAUGGAAAGAACUGGGGUGCAGAAUGUCAUCUCAGGGAGGGACCCAGGAGGGGCUGGAGAAGGCCAGGUGUCAGGCCUUGUGAAGAAAGAGGUACAGCGCAUCCUGGGCCAUAUCCAGGCUCCACCCUGCCCCUUCCUACUCAGGCUAUUCAGCUGGGCGCUGCUGCGGUUCCUGAAAUGUGUCUUCCUGAACGUGCAGCUCCACAAGGGCCAGAUGAAGAUGGUCCACCAGGCCGCCCAGGCGGGCUUGCCGCUUGUCCUCCUCUCUACCCACAAGUCCCUCCUGGAUGGGAUCCUGCUGCCCUUUGUGCUGCUUUCCCAAGGCCUGGGUGUGCUCCGUGUGGCUUGGGACCCCCGCACCUGCUCUCCCACCCUCAGAGCUCUGCUAAAGAAGCUUGGGGGCCUUUUCCUGCCCCCAGAGGCCAACCUCACCUUGGACAGCUCUGAGGGAGUCCUUGCAAGGGCCGUGGUCCAUGCCGCUAUAGAGCAGCUGUUGGUCAGCAAGCAGCCCUUGCUUAUAUUCCUGGAAGAGCCUCCUGGGGUCCUGGGGCCUCGGCUGUCAGCCCUGGGCCAAACCUGGCUGGGACUGGUGGUGGAGGCUGUCCAGGUGGGCGUUGUCCCAGAUGCUAUGCUGGUGCCAGUGGCCAUCACCUAUGAUCUGGUUCCAGAUGCACCCUGUGAUGCAUACCACGCCUCGGCCCCACUGGGGUUGUGGACAGGCGCUCUGGCUGUCCUGCGGAUCCUGCGAGGCUGGGGCCGCAGCCGCCCAGUCUGUGUCCGUGUUCACCUGGCCCAGCCCUUCUCCCUACAGGAAUACACCAUCAACGCUAGAAGCUGCUGGGGCAGCAGGCAGACCCUGGAGCAGCUGCUGCAGCCCAUCGUGCUGGGCCAAUGCACUACUGUCCCAGACACGGAGAAGGAGCAGGAGUGGACUCCAGCAACUGGGCCCCUUCUGGCGCUCAAGGAAGAGGACCAGCUCCUGGUCAGGAGGCUGAGCCGUCAUGUCCUGAAUGCCAGCGUGAUGAGCUCGGCAGUGAUGAGCACAGCCAUCAUGGCGACACUGCUGCUCUUCAAGCACCAGAAGGGUGUGUUCCUGUCACAGCUCCUGGGGGAGUUCUCCUGGCUGACCGAGGAGACGCUACUGCGUGGCUUUGACGUGGGCUUCUCAGGGCAGUUGCGGUGCCUUGUGCAGCACACGCUGAGCCUGCUACAGGCACAUGUGACCCUCCUCCGCGUCCAUCAGGGGGACUUGCUCGUAGUUCCUCGGCUGGGUCGCGGCCUCACACACCUGGCACAUCUGAGUGCUGAGCUGCUGCCUGCCUUCCUGAGUGAGGCUGUGGGUGCCUGUGCUGUCCGGGGGCUGUUGGCAGGCAGGGUGCCGCCUGAGGGACCCUGGGAGCUACAGGGCAUCGAGCUGCUGAGCCAGAACGAGCUGUACCGCCAGAUCCUGCUGCUGCUGCACUUGCUACCACAGGACCUGCUGCUGUUACAGCCCUGUCAGUCUUCCUACUGCUACUGUCAGGAAGUGCUGGACCGUCUCAUCCAGUGUGGGCUCCUGGUUGCCGAGGAGACCCCAGGCUCCAGGCCAGCCUGUGACACAGGGCGGCAGCGUUUAAGCGCAAAGCUGCUGUGGAAGCCAAGUGGAGACUUUACUGAUAGUGACAGUGAUGACUUCGAGGAGGCUGAGGGCCGGUUCUUCAGGGUAAGUUGGGAGAAGCCACAGUGGAAGGAGGGGGCAGGCAGGCAGUGGGAACUGCCCUCAUUCUGGUCUGUCCCCUCCAGCUCAGUCAGCAGUCACGCUGCCCUGACUUCUUCCUCUUCCUCUGCCGCCUGCUCAGCCCGCUGCUCCAGGCCUUUGCGCAGGCUGCCACCUUCCUCCACCAGGGACAGCUGCCUGAUACAGAGUCGGGCUACGCUGAGCAGCUGUUCCAGUUCUUGCAGGCCACUGCCCAGGAGGAAGGGUUCUUUGAGUGCGCAGACCCAAAGCUUGCCAUCAGUGCUAUUUGGACCUUCAGAGACCUGGGGGUGCUGCAACAGACGCCCAGCCCUGCAGGCCCCAUGCUCUACCUGUCCCCUGCGUUCACCAGCUGGGAAAAUCAGGAGAAGCUGGAACAGUUCAUCCGGCAGUUCAUUUGUAGCUAGAACUGUGGGAUGGAGUGCCUGCUGAGAUUCUCAGCCCCAGAUCAUAGCCAUGCGCUGGAGCCAGAAGACUGGAAGGGAGGCUGUACACCCUUACCCGAACUGUAUAUAAAACCUUUUCUUGUUUCA